GGAGAAAGUAUUAUUUUGCCUGGGGAUGCUGAUAAUAUAUGAGUGUUUUGUUUCCACCGUCGGCAGUCUUACUGUUAUUUGGAGAAGGACGAUUGUUUUGUUAUUGAACAAACACUGGCAUCUACGAGUACUCAUUAUCUAACAGAAUGCCACCUGUUGAAAUUCAGUGGUGCGACCAUUCCUCGGUGCUUUUAGAGUACCUGCGCCAACUGUAUGAAGAAGGUCGCUUUGUUGAUGUUGGUUUAGAAUGCGAGGGUCGCCAAGUCAAAGCUCACAAGGCUGUUAUUUCUGCAUGUAGUCCUUAUUUGGAGGGUCUGUUGAAAGGAAACCCAGCAAGAAGUCAUCUCAUAAAAUUUAAUGGAUAUUCAUACAACAGCCUUCGAGCAGUUAUAGACUUCAUGUAUAAUGGUAAAGUGAUGGUGGAACAGGAACAUCUAGCAGCUUUCCUCAAGCUGGGCCGAGCUCUCCAGGUACGAGGAAUCCUGGAUAUUGCUGCUCAGUGUGAAGAGGCUGGUCUUACUACUGCAGAAGAGACAAAAUCUAAUGCACAGUACAGCACAACAGUUCAGCAGCCACCCAAAUCUGCUGUACAACCUCCUGGGAAGAUGGUUCAACAAGCACCUGCCACAGGUGAAACUAAGGCAGAAACUAAAAAGUAUGCAUUUCUGCUAGAUAAAAGUUCAUCCAAUGCUGCUAAAAAGCCUGGACCACAGUUUCGCAAAGUGAUGCCAAAUAUUAUUGGUACAGUAGAUCAGCAAGGCAAUAUUAACAAAGUCACAAGUAUUGGAGCUGGUCAGGUAGCACAGCAACAGCCACACCAGCAACAAACUGUACAUCAGCAAGCUGUGCAGCAGACACAACCACAACAAACAGUGCAACAGGUUAUACAAGAGCAGCCCCAGCAGGUGCAAGAGGAACAGGUACAACAACUACAUCAGUCAGAGGAGAGUGUAGGUGGAGGGCAUCACACUCAACAGCACCAGCAGCAGGAGGCCUCACCUACUACACUAGAAGAACUGCAACAAGCAUUGUCAUCUGGCCAGGCUAUCCUUCAGACUGCAGACAAUGGUUCAGAACAGACCCUCCAAAUGGUUGAGGGGCAGUGUGUAGUUACUGGAUCUGGUCAGACUUAUGUUGUAGUGCAAGAAGGUGACAACAUCAGUUUUGUGCCAGCUGAAAUGGUUCAAGGAGACCUGGGAGCUGCAGUAAAUGGAGGCCAGGUUGUUGAAGGACUAGACCCAGUUGAGCAGCAGUUGGCACAGAUGGAAGGCCAAGUACUUACACACAACCAAGAAACAAGUGGUGUGCCAGUAACAUCAAGUGGUGCAGUUGUUGGGGAUACAGGUGCACUAGAAACCAUGAGUGUUGUAGAGUCCUUGGUCAAGCUUGGUGAAAAGCAGCCCACAGAAAAUGAGAAUGGCGCUAGUGAAGAGGCAACUGAAGUGGGACCUGACAUGCCAAGCCUUGAUGGAGAUGGAUCAGAUGACCGAACUGAGGUUGGCGCAUCUAUGCCUUGCCUGGGAGAUGUAGCAGAGGAAGACGAAGCAGGUGUUACCUCUGCCACCACAGAUGGGGUAGACACAGAAGGUGUAGGUGAUGAAGAUGUAGACGAAGUUGCAGAUGGCACUGCAGGAGAAGAUACUGGGAAACGCCGCAGACAACCUUCACAGAAGAUGAUAGAGGCUAUGGGCAUGCUGAAGAGGAAAGUUCCAGAAUCUCCCACUCAAGGUGGGAGAGGUAAAAAAAUGAAAAACUAAAUACUGCAUCUUUUGUUUCUGCAGUGUUGUUUAGAGUAAGUUCAGACUGUUGGGAAAUCCUUGAAGGCAGCAGAUGUGUAUAGCACAUGGAUCUCACUUGUCAUAGAUUAACCAAAAUUCCUUGAACUCUUGAUCCUGUGUUAUUAGAGCCUCUUUAUUAUAUUGGAUUUGUCUGUGUGCACCUUCCUUGUACAGUAUUUCCUGUAAGUCAUUUGUACAUAUUUGUUUAGCUCAAGAUAUGCUUAAAAUUCCUGACAUAAGUAAGCAUGGCAUAUUUCAGCUAUGAAUAGAUACCAAAUAUUUUUGUGUGUUUAAUUUUUUUUUGAGUGGCAUUUGUCACAUAAAUUACAAAUACCCUUUUCUCUGGGUGUUAAAAGGUGUUUUGCUGCUGAUAUCUGAAAAAAAAAAAAUAUUUUCUGUCUUGUUUAUCCCGCUGAUACCAAUCUCUUUUAAAACAAAACAUCACUAUCAUGUUAUCAUUGUGUCAUUAAGAUUCAUAUCAUUCAUAUUCAAUAUUGUCCUCUUGAGAAAAGGUUUUUUAAUAUAUGAAUAGUGUACGUGUCCAGUGAGCUUGUCAAGAAUGUUCUGCCUAAUGGCUCAGUUAUUGCUGGGUGUACACCUAAUGUUUAGUGAUUUAUUUCCCACCAUUCUCUUAGGAAAGUAAUACAAUGCUGCUAGCCAGUUGAUAGUUUAGAUUAAAUGGAUGGGACCAGCUGCUUGAUUCAGGCACUGUAAUACUGCUACCUGACUACAUUAUAUGCAUUUUCAUAAGAGGAUAUUAAAAUGACUAUAUUUUGUCGCCUCUUUUUUUCCCUUUAAUAUUGUUUAUUAAACAUUAUUGUGUAUUGGAAAAAUUUAGUUGUGCAUUUUAAUGCAUUUCAAAAGUAAUAUUUCUUUAAUGCUGGAUGAGCACAAGAUCAAGAGUUCUGUAUCAGUUGACCUUUUUCUGCAUUCAGUAUAGGGUGGCGUGCUCGUGCGCACGCGCGCGCACGCGCGCGCACACACACACACACACACACACACACACACACACACACACACACACACACACACAC